AUGUCGAAUCCAUUCAACAUCUCCUCGUCGACGCACACAGAUUGGGUAGACACCUUACCAUAUCCAUUACAACAUGGAUCUCCUACCACGGGGACCCUGACCAAACCGGAGCCAGAACAGAACUACGACAGUAGAGCGCAAAGCCCGGUCUCAACGUGCAAGCAAGACGAGGUGGAGUCAUCGAUGCAUGUAAACCGGUUCUCGGAGGCACAUAUUCCUCAAGCACUGAACGAAGCUCCCACGGCGCACACGUUGCGUCAGAGCAUGGCACAGGAGUACAGUGUAGACCCGGACAUUGCACAAGAGCAUGGAAAUACAGGCUUUGUACAUGGUGACGGCGUCGCCAGUACGCCUCGGGGUCAUGGAUCUAUUCGAUGCGAGGAAUCCUUCAUGGAUUUCAAGGCCGAGGACGAAGACGAUGGCAUGGAGGAGGAUGAAGACGGCUGUGCCGAACCGCUCGGCCGCCCCAUGACAGCUGCUGAAAGAAGCGCUGCUAGGAGGAAGAUGAAGCGUUUUCGGCUUACACAUCAACAAACUAGGUUCUUGAUGAAUGAGUUUAUCAAACAGCCUCACCCAGAUGCUGCGCACCGAGACAUGCUCUCCAGGGAGAUACCAGGCCUUAGCCCCCGUCAGGUGCAAGUUUGGUUCCAGAACAGGCGUGCGAAAAUAAAGCGACUCAGUGCUGAGGACAGGGACCGAGUGAUCAAGAUGAGAGCUGUCCCCGAGGGCUUCAACAGUGCACAGGCACUCCACUCUCCGUACGGUGCAGUCCAAGGCCUUGCACCAAAUCUGACUCCGACCAGCAUGGGAGGCCAGCAGACGGGCAACCAUAUGAACAGGCCUCUGAUGGUGGAUGUCCAGAGACCCCAGGCAGAUACGAAUGUCUCGCCUACAGGACCCCCGCCCGCAUUUGACACGACUGGGUUCCGCGCUUCCAGUGGCACCAACGAUGAUUUGGACAGUCCCUUGCAAUAUCCCGAAUGGAAGGUCGGGGCGCAUGAAGGAGGCACGUCAGAACGCCAACAUGCCCACUACUCGGUGGGCGGCGAUACUCAAAGCUCUGAACACUAUGCGAACGACAGCUACUCCGUCCGAGCGUUUGCGAUGAACAACAACAUUGCAUACGCGCCUAAAGACAUGGCGUCUUCGGAUCGACCUCGACUACGGGCCACCUCUGCGACAUUCCCUCUGCAUCUCGACCUCGAGGACCAAUAUCGGUCACAGAGCAACCAACCGAGGGCCUCGCACCAUCUCGGUGUCUCGUUAUCGGAUCCUUCGACGCAAUACACGAAUCCAAAUAGCCGCACCAAGACCCCCGCGGACUUCUGA